AGCCCUCGCAACAGUCCUGCUGAAGACGCCUUGGUGGUUUUUUGACUGAGAUGGAACCUGCUCGGCUGGGGACUGAAUCAGUGACGACUGAAAAUGGGAACAGCAGCUUUGAACCAUUCACCGUAGACUAUUACGGCUUUAUGGAUUAUGACAAGUGCUACCCGCAAGAGCUCCCAUAUGCAUACAUCGUCAUCCCCACUCUCUAUUUCAUGACUUUCCUCAUUGGUUUCUUUGGCAACUUGUUUGUGAUUCUGCUAAUGGCACGGAAACAAGGCAGCAAGAGGCUUGUAGACAACUUUGUCCUCAACCUGGCUGUGGCUGACCUGGUCUUUGUAUGUACCCUGCCCUUCUGGGCUGUAUCCAAUGCUCUUGGCUACUGGUCCUUCGGAGAGGGGCUGUGCAAGUUUUGUAGCUAUACCAUCUCUGUGAACCGUUGCUCCAGCAUCCUGUUCCUGAUGGGGAUGAGUGUGGAACGCUUCCUUGUGGUGACAAAGCACUGGGAUUCCAGGUCCAUUGGCAUAAAGAAAAACAUCAUUAUGAGCCUUGGUUGCGUCUGGGUGACCUCCCUUCUGCUGGGAGUUCCAUCUGUAGUCUACAGAAAAUUGAGCCCCGUGGAUGGCACCAGCAAGUAUUUGUGUGAAGGUGAACCCCCCAAUGCUUUCAGUUUGGUUUUACUCAUCGUUACCUUCCUGCUUCCCUUAGGAGUAAUCUUGUUCUGCUAUUGCUCAAUCUUCUCCAAGCUUCGAGGCCAUGUCAGCCUAGGCAAGAGGAGGAACAAUGCCCUUAAAAUCAUCUUUGCCAUUGUUGGAGUCUUCAUCUGUUCCUGGCUGCCUUUUCACACCCUGAAGGCAUACAUCACCGUCAUCAAGGCCCAGAACCUGGAUCUGUCUUGCCAGGCAUUAGUGGCUUUCAGGUGGGGGGUGACCAUCAGUGCUUGCCUGGGCUUCACAAACAGCUGCAUUAAUCCUAUCAUCUACGUCUUUAUGGAUCAGCAAUUUCGACAGCAAGCUUUGAAGAGCAUCCCUGUUUUUCAUAACACCAAGGAAGAUCUACAAAGCUCAGCCCUGUCCUUUUCAUCUACAGAGUCAAGUGUCCUAUUUGGCAAUAGGAAGAAGCUCCCAUCAGCCACCUCAAUGCAGGUGGGAGGCACAAAGGGCAAAGGGAGAGAUGUAUAA